CAGCAUCUCCUACUCAAUUUUCUUUCAAUUGAUCGCAUCCAUUUUCAUAUUUUCGGCGCAAGGACUUAUCUAUCUGCAAUACUCACCAUCGUUAUAUGAAACGUUUGCCAUAUUUUUAUUUAUGGUAUCAGAAGUCACAGAAAUUUUCCCGUCAUGUUUUUAUUCAAAUCGAUUUAUGGAGACAACUGAUCGAAUGGUCUUUGCGAUUUAUUCAGCAGAUUGGACGAGAUUAUCGCCACGAUCUCGAAAACAUUUUGUAAUAUUUAUGCAGAUGAUGCAGCAAAAGAAAGUCAUAUUGGCUGGAAAGCAGAUCCCGAUAACCUUGGCUACUUUUAUGUCUGUUGUGAAGGCGAUGUUCACAAUGAUAAUGAUACUGAAGCCACAGUGAUUGAAUCAAAACGAUUGACGGGAUCCUGAUUUUUUUAAGCUAGCGCAGAUUAACUUUCACGUGGAUGACUCUGUACGAGUAAAUACAUAGUUUGAGAAAAUAUAUGUCUGCUAUUCAGUCCUUUGUGAAGCAUUGAGCAUCCACACAGUCUUUUACUUCGUAAUUUUUUUCUUAUCAUUAUCAAUGUGCAUGUCUGCCUACAGCUACGGGGCAAGCACGAGGACGAACGUACACAUUCAUGACUUAAUCAGGAUUCGAACCAAUGGCAAUGAUAUCGAGAGGAAGAGUUAUUUGAAGAAUCGCGGGUUAAGCCAAGCAAGCCAAAAUUUAUGAUUCAGACACAAUUUAAUCUUGUUAUUGAAAAUAUAUAAAAAUGUUGAAUUUAGAUAGAAUUUUAA